CCAGGGGGUUGGGAAACCAGGGAGGGAAAGGCCCUCUCAUACCCCCCUUUCCACCCUACAGAAGAAAAGCUGCUCAAGUAUGGGGCCUUGGGGCUGGGAGGGUUCCUUCUUUUGUUUGUCAUCACCCUGUCCAUCUGCCUGUGCCGGAUCCACCAGAGAGUGAAGAGACUGGAAAGGAAUAAGGCCCAGAGCCCAGUGCAGGAGCUCCACUAUGCAUCUCUGCAGAGGCUGCCAGUGUCCAGCAGUGAUGGCACAGACAGAGAGGAAGGCGAAGGCAUGAAAGAGGAUCCCAGCACUGACUAUGCCUGCAUUGCCAAGAAUAAACCCACCUGAGCACCCCCAAAUGCCUCCCUCGACCUGGAUGGGUGGUCAAAGUCACCCUGGGUUCACCUAGUAAAGACUGGUUCCUUA